GCAGCGCCGCCGACAGUUAUUAUUAUUUUUUUACUGAGCUGCACAUUUCCUGGUUCAGUGGCUUGGGCUCUGUGAGCAGCUGACUGGUGGCCCCUGGUUUGGCUCAGGAUCAGUUGGUGACCCUGAGGCUAGGGUCUGGAACUUCCUUCAGACUGUCAUGAAGAAAGGGAGUUAAGAGGAAACUGGGGUUCUCAGGAAGGUGAUGGGAGAGCUCAAGCAGAUCCAGAGGAAGAGAGGAAAGUCUCACUUUUUUCCCUGCUUGGUGGAUUCCCCAGCAGGGUCUGGAUCCAGCUCCAGCGGCGCUGUUUUCCCUGGGGGAAUGUAGAACAGUUCCAGCUUGAGCCUGCUGCCAGCUUCAGGAAGGGCUCAGAUUUGCAAAGGGGGUUGGAGAAGAAGAUGCUUUGGCUGUCUGAGGUCCUGCUUACAUUCUUAGAAGUCAGACUCAGGGAGAAAGUGAACUGGGGCAACUGACAAGCUCCAGGGGUCUGGCAGAAGCUUCAUCUAAGACUGGACAUUUCAUCUUCCCUGGAGGAAGAUCUGCCUGCACUGCAAGUGUCCCCGGGAGGAGCACAUGGUGACGGCGAUGCCGCUAGAGAUGGAGAAGACCAUUAGCAAACUCAUGUUUGACUUCCAGAGGAACUCCACUUCGGAUGACGACUCAGGCUGUGCCCUAGAAGAGUACGCCUGGGUCCCACCCGGUCUGAAGCCUGAACAGGUUCACCAGUACUAUAGCUGUCUCCCAGAAGAGAAAGUCCCUUAUGUCAACAGUCCUGGAGAGAAGCUGAGGAUCAAGCAGCUAUUACACCAGCUGCCACCACAUGACAAUGAGGUCCGAUACUGCAACUCCCUGGAUGAGGAAGAGAAGCGGGAGCUAAAGCUGUUCAGCAACCAGAGGAAACGUGAAAACUUGGGCCGAGGGAAUGUCAGGCCCUUCCCAGUCACCAUGACGGGAGCUAUUUGUGAACAGUGUGGUGGCCAGAUCAAUGGUGGGGACAUUGCUGUGUUUGCCUCUCGCGCGGGCCAUGGCGUCUGCUGGCACCCACCAUGCUUCGUGUGCACUGUCUGCAAUGAGCUCCUGGUGGAUCUUAUCUACUUUUACCAGGAUGGGAAGAUAUACUGUGGCAGGCACCAUGCCGAGUGCCUGAAGCCACGCUGUGCAGCCUGUGACGAGAUCAUCUUUGCAGAUGAAUGCACAGAAGCCGAGGGGAGGCACUGGCACAUGAAACACUUUUGCUGCUUCGAGUGUGAGACAGUGCUGGGUGGCCAGCGCUACAUCAUGAAGGAGGGGAGGCCCUACUGCUGCCACUGCUUCGAGUCCUUGUAUGCGGAAUAUUGUGACACUUGUGCCCAGCACAUAGGGAUCGACCAAGGGCAGAUGACCUAUGACGGCCAGCACUGGCACGCCACCGAGACCUGCUUCUGCUGUGCUCACUGCAAGAAAUCCCUCCUGGGGCGGCCAUUCCUCCCAAAGCAGGGCCAGAUAUUCUGCUCACGGGCCUGCAGUGCCGGGGAGGACCCCAACGGCUCUGACUCAUCCGAUUCGGCCUUCCAGAACGCCAGGGCCAAGGAAUCCCGGCGCAGCGCCAAAAUCGGCAAGAACAAAGCCAAGACAGAGGAGCCCAUGCUGAACCAGCACAGCCAGCUGCAGGUGAGCUCCAAUCGGCUGUCGGCCGACGUGGACCCACUGUCGCUACAGAUGGACCUGCUCAGCCUGUCCAGCCAGACACCCAGCCUCAACCGAGACCCCAUCUGGAGGAGCCGGGAGGAGCCCUACCAUUAUGGGAACAAGAUGGAACAGAACCAGUCCCAGAGUCCCUUGCAGCUCCUCAGCCAGUGCAACAUCAGGACGUCCUACAGUCCAGGGGGUCAGGGGGCUGGGGCCCAGCCUGACAUGUGGCCCAAGCACUUCAGCAACCCCAAGAGGAGCUCAUCACUGGCCAUGAAGGGGCACAGUGGCAGCUUCAUCAAAGAGUGCCAUGAGGACUAUUACCCAGGGAGGCUGAGGUCCCAGGAGAGCUACAGUGACAUGUCCAGUCAGAGUUUCAAUGAGACCCGAGGUAGCAUCCAAGUCCCCAAAUAUGAGGAGGACGAGGAGGAGGAGGAAGGGGGCAUGACUGCUCAGCAAUGCCGGACCCAUCAUCCCAUCAGUUCCCUGAAAUACACAGAGGACAUGACACCCACAGAGCAGACCCCUCGGGGCUCUAUGGAAUCACUGGCCCUGUCAAAUGCAACAGGCCUCUCCGCUGAUGGUGGUGCCAAACGCCAGGAGCACCUCUCCCGCUUCUCCAUGCCUGACCUCAGCAAAGACUCUGGAAUGAACGUCUCUGAGAAGCUGAGCAACAUGGGCACUCUUAACUCGUCCAUGCAGUUCCGGAGCGCAGAGUCCGUCCGCAGCCUGCUCUCUGCCCAGCAGUACCAGGAGAUGGAAGGAAACCUCCACCAGCUCAGCAGCCCCCUUAGCUACAGAGACCUGAAGUCCCACGGAAGGAUGCAUCAGAGCUUUGAUUUUGAUGGGGGAAUAGCAAGCAGCAAACUGCCGGGGCAGGAGGGUGUGAGGGUCCAGCCCUUGAGCGAGCGCACCCGGAGAAGAGCCACUUCGCGAGAUGACAACCGCCGCUUCCGACCUCACCGCUCCCGGCGCUCCCGGCGCUCUCGCUCCGACAACGCCCUCCACCUGGCCAGCGAACGCGAGGCCAUCUCUCGGUUAAAAGAGAGGCCCCCUCUGCGAGCCAGGGAGGACUAUGACCAGUUCAUGCGCCAGCGGAGCUUCCAGGAGAGCCUGGGGCAGGGGUCCCGAAGGGACUUGUACGGCCAGUGCCCGAGGACUGUGUCGGACCUGGCCUUGCAGAAUGCCUUUGGAGAUCGCUGGGGACCCUACUUCACUGAGUAUGAUUGGUGUUCCACGUGCUCCUCCUCUUCGGAGUCUGACAAUGAGGGCUACUUCCUGGGAGAACCCAUCCCCCAGCCGGCCCGCCUGCGCUAUGUGACAAGCGACGAGCUGCUGCACAAGUACAGCUCUUAUGGCCUCCCCAAAUCUUCCACGUUAAGUGGCAGAGGACAGUUGCACAGCAGGAAAAGACAAAAGAGCAAAAACUGCAUCAUUUCUUAAUAUGAUUGAGAUCAGGGAAUGGGAGGAGAUGGGAGCUGAGAAUGUAAAUUCAGGAACUUGCACUGUUUUAAGUUUUAAAGCGCUUUGGGGGGUGGUUCAUGCGGGAGAAAGGGAAAAUGCUCUCAGCUGAUGGAGGCGGAGUUGCAGAUUGAGUAACUAGGUAGUCACAGUUCUUGGCAUGUUGAAUUAUAAUUUGCACAUUUCACUUUGGAAACACAAUAGACUCUGUGGAGGCCAGGGUUGGUCACCCCCUUCCCAUUGGUUCUGUGUCGAGUUGCCACUCAUUAGAUGGCAAACUGUUCCCUGCUCGCUUAAAUCCUCCUCUCUGGUUCUCAUACUUUUAGGACCCUUUUUUUCAGUAAGUAAUUUGUUUAUUAGCCAGGACCCAAGACUAAGUUAUUUACAUGUCCACUGUAAAUGCAAUGUAAAUGAGAAUUCUGAUAAAAUAUUUUUGUAUUUUGUAAUAUCAAAGGAAUUUCUAUAUCGUAGGACUCAGUGGGGACUUGCAUGCACAACCACCAUCGUCUCUGAGUAGUAUUAUAUUACAAGGUGGGCCUGGACCACCUUUUUUUUUCUUUUCUAUACAAAUUUGUUAUGUGUCAGUGAGACCUUUUUCAAAGGGAUAUACUCAAUUUGGCUUUUUGUGGCUGAAAAAAUAACUAUUAUACACAAAGCGUUUUAUGCUCCAUUCCAUCUUUAAGGAGCCAUCCUAAAGUCUGUUCCCACCCUUAGUAGAAGUUCUCCUCUACAAAGUGGUAGUAUUUUUCUUUUAAUGCAAAUGUAACUUUCGCCAAUUAGAGAAACCAGUCAGUGUCAGUAAAGUUCUGUGAGAAAUGUCAUCCCUGCUGGGAAUGUUGAAGUUUUGCUUAAUGUUGAUCUAUCCCUUGGGGAAAGUAAAAGUGACUGUGAGUGGUGCCGUUGUGUGAUGUCAGCAUGACGUUGUUUUGAAUGUGGCAUUAUGUUCUGGUGCUCAUGUUUUCUGGAUUGUGUUACCCGCUUUCCUUUACCAAGGCAGACGGAGCUGCUGCCUUAGCCUGACAACCGGUUGUCCUCAAAGCAAAUGAGCUUAAACAUUUGGAAUGGAGGGACAGAGAGGUUCUGAGGGGGUCUGGGAGGGAUGGUGUGUUGCAUGUUAUGUGUGGAGAAGGAACAAGGCGGUUUGCAAACAGAAAGCAGACAAGGGUAGAAGUCGAAGGGGUCUCUGAAGGAAGGAACAAGGAGCACUUCUGGGAAUGAAAUAGAGGAGAGGUGACAACCACCUCAAAUAGCCCCCAGUGCUUGUAGAAAGAAGCCAGUUUAAUAGGAUCAAUAACCAGAGGAUCUGGGUUGCCCAGGAAGAAUGAGCUGCUGAGGAGAUUUCAGUGUCAUGACUUUGUUAAAAGGGGCAUUUUCCAUGUUGAACUUGGAGGACUGUUGGUCAGGCAGAAAAUGAGCUCAAAAGUGAGUUUGCUUAAUGAAGACAUUUAACGGUUGUGCUGUUUAUAGUAAAAUAAAACUUCCUCCCUUGCUUCAGUUAAAAA